AUGUCUUUUACACUUCCAGUAAAACGACAGUGGAAUACAACACUUUCUUUCUUCACGUUUCCUUUUUUCAUUCAAACAAACCUUCCCUUCUUUUUAUUAUCUCUUCUUAUCACCCAUUCUCAAUUAAUUUUUCAUCUCUCUCUCUCUCUCUCUCUCUCUCUCUCUCUCUCUCUCUCUCUCUCUCAUAAAAUAUCUCUUCCUUUUUUUUAUAAGAAUCACGAGGGAAGAAUACGAAAACUUCAAAACAACCACAACAACUCUCUCUCUCUCUCUCUCUCUCUCAGUCUUCCUUUUCUUUCCUUAUUUUCUCUUCCUUACCCCCCAUUCAUUCUACACGCUCUUUCUUUCUCUCAGACCCUUUCUUUUGUUUCCCAUUGGUCCAUAUUCAUUGUGUUUCUUUCUCUCUCUCUCUCUCUCUCUCUAUCUAUCUAUCUAUCUAUCUAUCUAUCUUUCCCUAUCUAUCUAUCUAUCUAUCUAUCUAUCUAUCUUUUCUUACUUUUCCUGUUCCACAUUUAUUUGCUCUUUCUUUCUUCCGCUUCUCAUUCAUUGACUUUCUAUUACUUCCCUCUAUCCCUCAUUCAUACUCUUUUUCUUUCUUUCUCUCUCUAUCUCGCCUUUCUUUAUUCUACUCCUUUCAAUUUUUAUUCUCUCUCUCUCUCUCAGUCUAUACUUUCUUUUACCGCUCAUUCACACGUUUAG